AUGACCUCUAUAAACCAUCACAAUAACUUGUAUGGGAAUGGUGGCAGUGAUGGUCUUACCAAGUUGUCUCAAGCUUUGAAAAAGUUGAUUGAGGAGGCUAUUGAGAAGGCUACUAACUCCCUUAAUGACCGCCAAUCCAAGCUCCUUUGCCGUGGAAAACCUACUGAUGAGUCCUCUAAAGACCAUCCCUCUGUCCAGCCCUGUUGUAAGCAGCAACAGAAGACUAUUGAUGAUACUAAAGAGCAACUUAAAUCUAAGCUUGCUAAUCAAACCGAUGACUCUAAAAAGCAAAUUGAUGAACUAAACGCUAAAAUCAAAAAAGCCGAAGCCUCUAAAAAUGACUGUGCUAAGACCCAUUACCUCCCUCAGGAGGAGAGGCAGAAGGGUUUGCAGGAAGUGGAGCAGCAGAGAGAAAUUGUUAAGAAACUUGAAACAUUUGCUAAAGAACUUGAAAAACAUGCUAAUGAUAAUCUUUUAACACAUUUAUGUGACGGCCUUCAGACUUUUCUUGGUUACUCCCCUAACUCCAAAGGCUACGACGGCACUGGCAUUGUGUACUCUGACUUGGAUAGGCUGUGUGACGGGGUGAUGGGAUUUUUGAGUGGUGUGCUUGAGGGGGUGAAAGAUGAUGAUGCAGUUAAAAAAUACGACAAAUCGAUGUCACCAAAUGAUUUUAAUAGAAUUAUUAAUUUAUUAAACGACAAUAAUGGUAAAGGCGCUGAAGGACUGAAGGCCGUCCUUAGUCAGGUGAAAAGCCAUCUAGUCAGCUACCAAAAUAAAGUCAGUAAAGAAGUUACAGCAGUAAGUGGCCCUUUGUAUGAAUUAGAAGACAGCGUAAAUGAAAAUGUCAAGAAAGUUGAGGAACAAAAAUCAAUGACGCUUGAUAAACAGUUCACUGCCUGGUCAGGGCAGGUUAAGGGGUAUGGAGACAAAGUUAGGGAGGCCAACGAAGCCAUGAAAAACAUUGACGAACAACUCAAAAAACAGUUAGUCGCGCCGUUAGCAAAAAUUGAUGGUGCGGUAAAUGUGCUUGAAAAGUCGGCGACUGACGAUUUAAAGGCAGCGUGCCGAGUGGUGGACAGUUCAUUGGGGAGUCAGAAGCAGAAACUCCUUAGUGACGUAAAUAAAAGAGUACCUGAACUACGUAUAAAAGUUGAGAAUAAACUUGAUGAAGUUAUAAAACAAAUCGGACACAUUGGACACAUACGUACCACUAGGUUAACAGAAUUGAUUGCCUCUACGAAGGAGGCAUUAGAAUCCGUGAAGCAGGCGGUAGAUAGUGCCUAUGAUCUGAGUACCAUAUAUGAGAGAGAUAUUGUUCAGAAGAUAGAGCGUAUAGAGAGACAAGUUGAGAAGAUUGACACUGAUGAUGUUGCAAGUGAUCUUCAAGAAAUAUUGAUGACAGUUGGUCAACAUUUGGUAACGCUUGGGAAACUUCAUGACACCAUUACGUCAGAGUUAGAGCACGAGUUUUACGAUCUGAAAGGCAAGCUAUAUAGUGAUGUACAAACGCUCUAUGGUGAUAUUAAGCAGCAGGUUGGGGGUUAUCUCCAGGAGUUGGCAACGGCUAUCAAGGCAGGAAUCAAUACAUCUAGUGGAGUGGGGAGGCCGCGUUUCUCCGCUCUUGUAAGCACCUUGAAUAAACGAAACCCAUUGGAACCGGAUACUGACGUCGGCAGAAAGUUGUCACAAGCUAACAACGGGAAUCUAAAUUUUGCAAACGCGAUGGAAUCAGUGUUAGUGUAUCUAAAAAAUGCAAGCAGUGCCAACGGUGGAGACCCGAAACCAUCCGACGUUUUCCACGCUCUCACAACUGAGUUUGACUCCAAAAUCGAUAGCGCCCAAAACCAACUAAACCCUCUCCUUAGGUCUGCAGCACUAAGGGGGACAGCUGCGUUCAAGGAAGCACUCAAUCUCAGAAUUAAUGGUAGGACACACGAUGUCACCGGUGGUAUUAAGAAAGAUAUACAAGAUCAAAUUGAGAAAUUGGAUGUUGCAAGUGACGAUGAUAUGACAGAAGACGGUGAAAUUCAGAAAAAAAUCAAAACCCUUCAGUCCAGUAUUGAUGAGACCGAAGAACUCAUUAAGAAGCUAAGAGAGAAUGCAGGGAAAAAAGAUUCGGACAAAGAUGGCGUUAAAGAUCUAGUAGAAGCACUGAAGGAUAAGGUAGGCGGAACUCUCACGAAUAUUCACGAUGUGAAUGUAGACUUGGAAGCGUUCAACGCAUCGAUUGAAAAUGCAAUUCAAGCCGCCGAAUCCACUGCAAAUUCAGCUCGUCAAGAAAUCGCUUCCGGACUUGAAACUCUGAUAUCUGGUUUAACUGCCGCAAUUGAAGUGGUUUUCGCGGGUGUGAAAUCGGAUGUGCAAGCCUUCUUCGCAACUGUACGUGAAGGGCAGCUUUCCACCUUCCGAGGCAUUAUUGUAGAGCAAAAUGAACAGAUCGCUGAUGUUAUUAAAGAUGACGAAAUGAACGGCGUGAAAGGGUUACUGGGAAAAAUUAAAGAUGGCCUGAAUUCACUAAAAAGUAAUAACAAUGUCAAAACUGUCACCGGACUGUCUGCCAAGGCCUACUCACUCCUCAAGAAUAUCGUCACUUACUCAAAUGGCGAUUUACAGAAACUUGACAGAAAUUUCGACCAACUCCAAAACUUCGAAAAAUACAUCGAAAAAUUAGCAUCGGCACUAAAUCUCUACGCCCACUUCAGCCACCCCGUCUCCCUCCGCCUCUCCGCCCUCUCCUCCGCUACCUCCGCCCUCGACCCCCAAGCGCUGCCGGACGCAGGACGGCCCGUGCUCAAGGCGCUGCAGGCAGGGAUGCUGGGAUUCGUGGAGGAGUUGGAGAAGGGGUAUGUGAAUAGGUAUGAUGGAGGGGAAAGUAUUAAACAGUGGGUUAAAAAAGGUGAAAAAGAUGUUUUGACGCCUGAAGGAAAAAAUGGCGCUAAAGUGUUUUUGACUGUUGUCGACACGCUGUUCCAUGAGUUGGAAGAUUUAAGGAAAGGAUGUAAGACGAACGGCAAAUGGAAUGACGAACAUGUUCGUCAAUAUGAGAUGGAUAAUGGUGGUGAUAUUACGCCGAACUCACUUGGCUUAUGGUUCAGCACCCACGGUUUCAAGGUGUCGAGGAAUGAACACGAGCAGAAUGGUGAGUUGGACAGGAGAAAGACUGGUGCUCAAAUAAUGCAAUACCUGAUGAAACAGCUUAACAUGCCGCCGAAUUAUAAGCCAAUUUACGACAACCAAAACCAGCAGGAAGGAACACUCAAUACGCUUCACGAACACCUUGAGACAUACUUCCGUGUCAAUCACUACUACAUCCCGCCGAAUCCAAGAGCACCGACGACAGUAUACGAAAUGCUUCAGUGGCUCUGUGGACUAUGGUACAAUCCGGUGCGCAAUGGUCUUAUUAAGACCAUGGUUGACUUGUUUGGUGAUAACGGGGAAUUAGACGUUUACAUGCCGGAAGAAAUAAAGAAAUAUUUGAAACGUCCCGCUCUGUACCCAACCACAUUUAUGCGUUUACUCCCUGCUGUUUGCGCACAAUCCUACACUGUCCUAGUCGGUGUUCAGGGCCAUGGCCACGCGGAGGGCCGGUACGCUUGCGACUUUUACACAAAUUCUGACAAGUUAGCUUAUCCCACCAACAUGAAUACGUUACUGUGUACGCUGCAGGAAUAUUUAAAGCGCCUCCAUCACCAGCUCUAUUUCCUGUACGAACAAUGCUCGCACGAUAGUGAGUUGAGCGGCUGGCAAGACUGCCAUUACGGCCGGCACGUUGGUGGCUCAGCAUGGAACUGCAAUGCUAUGCAAUGUGUUAACCAAGAAGGUAACCAAUUAGGUGACCAAACAUGUAAGCAAACGUGUGACCAACACCCCAACUGCGGCCUUAAAUCGCCACUCCAAUCUUUCCUUGAAGACGGCUUGCAAGGUUUCUUGCCUCACGCUCUAUCAUCUAAGGGCGCAACAUUGUCAUGUUCAACGUGCCUUAAAACGCCACCCGGUAUGCCCUGCAGAACACCCAUGGGAUUCCCCGAGAUCAGUAGCACAGCCUCGCACACCAAAACGGGUGACCAUAUAUACAGUGCACUGCUUGACUUCUGCUGUACUGAUGCAUCUCCACUGAAUGUGCUAUGUGCAAUGCUGAACACUCUCCUUCCCAGCGCUCCGAAAACGCUCGGUGAUAUGUUUGCAUUUUAUUCUAACUUCACCUAUCGCUGGGGUAUGGACGGCAAUGAACAUAAAUACAAAGCCUUCAAUGAUGCCGCCACCGCCGCCAAUUUAGAACGUGAAUAUAGUAAGCCGAACGUCGGCUACCUGUUCUCCGAAAGCCAUUCAGCAGCAUGGAAAGGUCAUUCCGCGGGUAGCCUUGCCAGUCUCGUAUGCACGUCGAACGACGCCGUCGUAUGUGGUCCAUAUUUGCGUCCGAUCAAUAAAUCCAUCUACGUUAUGUUUUCAUCGAAGCAUGCCGACAAAUACCUAUCAUGGAUCGUUUACCUGACGCAGACAUUCUACGACUUACUUAAGAAACUCUACGAAGAAUGCAAUUCCAAAUGCGGUUCCAAAGGAUACAAUUGUCACGCCAAAGCGUGUAUUAAGGGGUGUCCAACUACAUCAUCGAAAGAGACAACACCAUCCCAUAAUGAGCAAUGCAAAUCUAUUGUGACAUGUAAAUAUACAAUGCCUACAUUAUGUAAAUAUGGUUUCACCUUAUGGGAUAAACAUAAGCUUAACGGCGAUGAUAACAUCAAUAAGAAACGCACGUGCAAAGAUUUCAGUACCGUAUUUGAAGAAACAUUCAAAAAAGACUCACAUCUCGUGCAAUUUUUCACAGCCAUCGACGAAUUCAUUUUCACCAUCCGCGCCCCCUUCAUCUGGCUCAAUGUAGCCCUCUGGCUCCUCUCUGUCCUCUAUCUCAUCAUUGUCAUGGUCAUCCGCCUAGACCUGCUCCACAUCAAAUCGCAUCUACAUAGUCCCUCAUCACAUCGCAUUGCCGCUCAAUCACUACUCGCCGCUGGACGUGUUAACAAGCUUAACAGGGUGUUUUAUCUGCAACCAUAA